AUGUCUGACACUGAGUCCCCUGACGAAACUCCCGCUGUUGUGAUUGAUAACGGCAGUGGUCUUUGUAAGGCGGGCUUCGCAGGUGACGACGCCCCUCGAGCCAUCUUCCCCUCCAUUGUGGGGAGGCCUAAGAUGCCCGGCAUCAUGGUUGGUAUGGACCAGAGGGAGUGGUACGUUGGUGACGAGGCUCAGUCCAAGAGAGGAGUUCUCACUCUGAAGUAUCCUAUUGAGCACGGUAUUGUCACCAACUGGGACGACGUGGAGAAAAUAUGGCAUCAUACCUUCUAUAAUGAGCUUCGAGUUCAGCCUGAGGACCACCCGGUGCUCCUCACUGAGGCGCCCUUGAACCCCAAGGCGAAUAGAGAGCGCAUGGUGCAGAUUAUGUUUGAGGUAUUCAACGUGCCAGGCGUGCAUGUCCAGAUCCAGGCUGUGCNNNNUGCUGAACAUCUCAGUGAAUGGAAGGGUUGA